CGACAGCAUUGAGCAGAGGGUGGUAGGGGGAGAUACACUCCAACUAAAAGGACACAUAUUCCUUCUAGCCAGUUUGGCCACCCAAUCUGCAGAACUAUUAGACACAUAUUCCUUAAGCUUAUGUGACCAGCCUUUAGUUCUCUUUUCCCUAAUCAUAAACAAAGGGAUAUUCAUCCAGGAAUCAUAUUGUCUACAAUAAUUCUCAAUUUCCCGCUUUCAGUUGAACAUUAAAAAUCCAAAUAUCCGUUAUUAUACCUGUCACAUAUGCCUUGUAACUUCCAAGAAAAGAUCUCACAUAUAUUGCCAAAAUGCACAUUCCAGCAUCUGAAACAAAUCCAUGCCUUUAUCAUCGCAGCUUCUCUCACCCAUAACAUCCAAAUCUUUUCUAAGUUUCUUCGCCGAAGCACCGAAUUUGGCUCCAUGGAUUAUUCACAUCUCAUCUUCUCCCAAAUGGGUCAUGAUUAUUUCAUCACAGAAAUCAUGCUUUGGAAUAUCAUGAUUAGAGGGUACGCAUUCAAUGGUCCUUUUGAGAGAGCUAUAUCAAUGUUCGAUGAAAUACCUCAGAGAGGGUUAAAACCUCAUAACUACACGUACCCAUAUGUGUUAAAUUCCUGUUGUGAAAUGGGAAUAUAUGAAAAAGGAAAGAGAGUGCAUUGCCAGAUUAUCAAGUCUGGAUUUGAAUCCAAUUUCGCAGUUGGUCAUUCCCUUUUUAACAUGUAUAUAAAAAUGCCGGCUUUUACUGACACAGUUUUCGCUGAUAAUUACGAGAUGAUUGAUGCCCGCAAGAUUUUCGAUAAUAUGUGCGUGAGGCCAGUGGAAGUAUGGAACAAAAUGGUAUCCCAGUACGUGAGCUUUGGGAAUGUCAGGUCUGCGAGAGAAUUGUUUGAAGCUAUGCCAGAAAGAGAUGUUGUUUCUUGGAAUUCUAUGAUCUCAGGUUAUGUCAAAGUUGGAGAAGUGAAAAAUGCAAGAGAAUUGUUUGAGUGGAUGCCGGAGAAGAACGUUAUUUCAUGGACUUUGAUGAUUGUAUUAUAUGGAGAUACAGGCGAUUUUGAAACAGCAAGAAGGUUUCUAGAGAAAAUGCCACACAGGAAUGUGGUUUCGUGGAAUUCGAUGAUUUCGAGCUACACUAAAUUUGGAAAAUUUAUAGAAGCACUGGAUCUUUUUGUCCAAAUGCAAUCAGAAGGUGUGAUUCCAGAUGGGUAUACUUUUGUUUCUGUGUUGUCAGCUUGCUCGAACUUAGGUAAUCUAGAGUAUGGAAAAUACAUACACUAUUUAAUUGGAAAAUUUUCUCAAUUGGAAGUCAUGGUAGGGACUGCCCUCAUAGAAAUGUAUGCGCAUUGUGGAGAUGUUAAUAGAAGUUUUGCUGUUUUUAUCAAGAUACCUAAUAAGGAUGUCUUUUGUUGGAAUGUUAUGAUUAAAUCUUUAGCUAUCAAUGGGAGAACUGAAGAUGCAAUCAAGAUUUUCUAUUUGAUGCAGAAGUUGGGAUUGAAGCUAAAUGACUUCACAUUUACUAGUGCAUUAUUUGCUUGUAGCCAUGGCGGCUUGCUGGAAGAAGGUCGUCGAAUUUUCUAUAGUAUGGACAAAGACUACAAGAUUAGUUCUAAGCUUGAACAUUUUGGUUGUUUAAUCGACUUGCUUAGCCGGAAUGGUAAGGUUGAAGAAGCACUGCUCCUGGUGAACAAAAUGCCCAUGAAACCUGAUAUUGCUAUUUGGGGAGCUUUGCUUGGGGGUUGCAGCAUAAGAAACGACUCGAAUCUGGCAGAAAAGGCAAUAAAGAGGGUUGGUGAUUUGGAAACAGCAGAAUCGGGAGUUUAUGUGCUCUUGUCGAAUAUUUAUGCCUCAAUGGGUAGAUGGACAGAAGCUCUAGGCGCACGAGGAAAGAUGGAAAAGAAGAAGAUAAGGAAGGAGGCGGGAAGCAGUAUUGUUUUCUAGGAGGAUCAUGCCUCGCAGAGCUUUGGAGCUCACAACUCGAAACAGAAUGCCAGGAAAUUAAAGAUGGAAAGGCGGCUGUCCAUCCGUGCAAAAUGUAGCCAACUUUCAGGAUAUAGUCUCGAAGAUUGUCCUAUCCUUCUCUUAAUUUUACAUCAUUUUGAUUCUAAGAAACAUAAAGUCAGGAGAAAUAAAAGAUGAAAGGAACCCUUGCAUAGAAAACAACAAAUGUCUUCUGUCUUAAAAGAGAUGCAUUUAGUAUUGCCCAACUGUUAACAAAAGCAAGGCUUCCAUCCACAUGGACUAAUAUCAUGAGAGAGCAUCAUGAGAAAUCAUUAUCCUGAGUCCCUGCUGCAAAAACAAAGUACUUGACCCAAAAGAGAUCAUAGGUAUUCUUCCUUGACAUGAUGCAUUUUGUAGCCUUUACAACAAAACAUAUAUUUCCAUUUACUACUUUUACUUUCA